AUGGAUCAGUGUUUUCCGCGCAGGUGUCUGAUCUUGUUGUGUUUGACAGCAGUUCAGGGUGGUCAAACCACUGUUCAGACAUGCAUGGAUAAGCACCAGGUGGUCGGCUUGCUGCGUCAGAUGGAGAAGUUCCUGAAAGGCCAGGAGAUCCGGUUCACCGAGGGCCUCCGGAUCAUGAAGUCAAAGCUGGCAUCACUUCAGAACUCUGUGUCCAAGUUACCUCAAGCUGACCAGUCAGCAGCUCCCUCUGCCUGCCCCUCCCUGGAAGCCCCUGCUCAUGGAACAAAGUUCGGCUCAAAGCAUUUUGUUGGACACGAGGUUCACUUCACUUGCGCUCAGGGGUACCGGCUCGUUGGUUCUUCCACGCGAGCCUGCAGAGACAACGGCACCUGGACCGGUGUCAGCGCACUUUGUAAAGAUGUGAGCGAAUGUGCAAGUAACCCCUGCCAAAAUGGAGGUACCUGCGUUGAAGGUGUCAACCAGUACAGAUGCACCUGCCCCCAAAACUGGAGCGGGUCACAGUGCCAGCACCAGACCCAGACAGCACCACCUGAGUGGAGCGUAAUGAACGAUCCAGCGUUUAGUCGGAGACCACGCUGUGCCCAAGUGAACCAAGCCCGACACUGCAGCUGUGACGCAGGCUUUCACAUGAGUGGCACCUCUGACAACAGUCUCUGUCAGGAUGUAAAUGAAUGUGAAGUGUACCGGUUGGACCAAGGAGGGAAACUGUGUGUCCACGAGUGCGUGAACGUCCCAGGCUCUUACCACUGCUCUUGUCCCAGCGGUUACAAGUUACUUCCAGAUGGGCGGAGCUGUGAAGAUGUGGAUGAAUGUUUAAGCCAGAAUCACAACUGUAGCCAAGGGACAUCUUGUGUCAACACGGGGGGAGGCUUUCGAUGUGUCAACCCAGAGUGUCCCCGAUCACAUGGCAACGUCAGCUACGUCAAGACAUCUCCUUUUCAGUGUGAGAGGAACCCCUGCCCGAUGAACAGCCGUUCCUGCCUCUACGCUCCCAAGACAAUGUCCUUCCACUUCCUGUCCCUGCCCUCCAACCUGCAGACUCCUGCCACUUUGUUCCGCAUGGCAACCGCCUCCGCCCCGGGCCGCACGGGGCCCGACAGCCUUCGCUUCGGCAUAGCAGGCGGAAACUCCCGGGGCAUCUUUGUCAUGCAACGCUCGGACAGACAGACCGGUGAGCUGAUCUUGGUGCAGCAGCUGCGUGGACCUCAGGAAAUCAGCGUUGAUGUGGACAUGUCUGAGUACAGUGACCGCACUUUUCAGGCCAAGCAUGUGGCCCGGGUCCAAGUUCUUGUGUCACCUUACAGUUUCUGAGUGAGGAAGAGGGCUUGAGACUGAAACCUGCAUAGGACCAAAGAGGAGCACUCACUAACUCUCACAAACUGAGUCUGCAGUCCUACGCCAGCAUUUGAUCAUUGGCUAAAUUU